UGCACACACAGUCCGCGGUGUCAGUGUGUGUGUGUGUGAAUGCAUCAGCAUGCGUUCAGUGCCCACUGCUGAAGAAUGAGAGCGAUUCUAAAGAACGGAAGUGAACCGACCAUUUUGAAACCCCGCUCCGCUUAGCGCUAUGGAUAAGGGCCAAACGGUUAAGCUCUUUGUAGGGAAUCUGGCCCUGGACACCACGCAAGAAGAACUGUCAGCCAUCUUUGAGUCGUAUGGCCAGGUGGUUAGCUGCAGCGUCUUGAGACAGUUUGCUUUUGUACACUUGCAAGGAGAGGGUGCUGCAGAGCGUGCCAUCCGGGAGCUCAAUGGCCGAGAGUUCAAAGGACGCAACCUUGUGGUUGAGGAAUCCCGAGGACGCCCGCUCCACUCGACGAAGGUGUUUGUGGGUAAUCUGAGUAGUAUGUGCACCACAGAAGAUCUUCGGGAGCUCUUUCAGACCUUUGGCAAAGUUUUGGAGUGCGAUAAGGUGAAAGGUUAUGCCUUUGUACACAUGGAGAACAAGGAGGAUGCGCUGCAGGCAAUUGAGGCUUUGCAUGGGACCUCCUUCAAAGGGAGACCACUCUCCGUGGAGCUGUCCAAAGUUCAGCCAAGUAAGCAGACUCCAACUGGGAAAAUCCCAUGUGUCAGCUGUGGUAAACAGGGUCAUUAUGCAGGUGAAUGCCCAGCUGGUAAACCCACCCUAGAGCAGUACCAGAGCCAAGCAGCCGUGUUAGCUGCCGCCGCCGCUGCAGCUGCCGGCCUUCCACUGCAGGUUCAACAGAGUGUCCACAAUUCCGUGUACAACACCUCAACCUUUGACCCCACGUAUGCUGCUUUGACUGGACUUACAGCUGCUGGUGCAAGGGCGGAAGGAGGAACUGCAGUGGCGCCAGCUGUGUACGGUGCACUAGCUAGUCAAUUGUACGGGACGGUUUCAAAUCAGCUCUACAGUGGUGCAGUUGCAAAUCAGGCACUCAACUCUGGUGCCGCUGCAGCUGCCGCACAGAUGUACGGCUCUGUUAACCCAGCUCUAUACGGACAGAUGACAAACGGCGCAGUCGCAGCUGCCGCUGCUGCAUACGGUCCACAAGUUUACACGUCUCAUCUAGGGAAUCCAGUGUUCCUAGCUGCAGCGCACAGCAUGGAGGUACCGUCCGCUGCUGCGGUCAAUCAAGCUUAUACAGUAGCACCAGCUCUCUACACCACUUCGCCGGUUUACGGGGGUUUUGGGGCAGCUGACCAAGCAGCUAUCUUUGAGGCAGCAAGGGCACACUACUUUGCACAAGGACAGCAAGUUCUAGCUGAACAGCAACAGGCUAGCUCUAAGUCUGGAGAGAGGGACCGGAGUCCGCUAAGAAGAUCUGCCCCGCUGCUGCCAGACCCUGUUAUGAAACCAUUUAUGUACCAGAGGGCCAAGCGCAGAGCCUUGUUGCCUACGCCUGCGGGUCGAGAGGAAGCCGCUGCACAGGAGGAUGAAGCUGUAGCCAGAUACUACGCGGAAUACUACCAGCAGUACCAGCACCUGCAGCAGUAUCCACAGUACCAGUAUGCGUAUCCGCAUGCCAACCACCUAGCAGCGAUGUCCGCACUGCAGUCUCUGCCUGGUGUGCCUACUCAGGCGACGCUCGACUCCCUCAGGCCAGUGAUGCCCGCCACCCCCGUGCCUGCCGCUGCCGCCAUCGCCAUGGCAACACCCCACGUGUAUGAGCCACCGCCGAUUCCGCCGUCGCACAAGGAGCCCCUCCUCCGCCGCCCCGAACUCGCCCUACACACCCCUGAAACACCCUUCCGAUAGUGUGCUCCAUGUCCUCUCUGCCUCUCGUUUCCUUGUGCUGCGUGUUUGUGUGUGCGUGUCAGAAAGAAGCCACAGGUGUAUGUUUAUGAUGUGUGCGUGCUUGGGUUUAAGACGGUGGCUGUUUCGGUUUUAACUACAGACUGGAGCCUCUAACCUUGGUUCUGAUCUCACACACACCCAGUGUAGUCAGGGCUGAAAAGGGAAACUGCAUGCUCUCAUUCCUGCAGACGUAACCAAUGUAACACAUUGUCUCUUUAAAGAAACCUUCAAUCUAUUGACAAUUAGUUUUGAAGGGUAGAUUAGGCACUAGCCACAAUGCUUUUUAACUUUUAUAUUCCUAAGUGUUUGUAGUCUAUGAAUGAAUACUGGACUUGAUAUUUUUAAAUACUGCUUGAUUAUAGUUAUAUGAACUUAACCAGUUUACGUAUACAUAUAGUUAUUAAGACAUCAGAUUUCGAUGCAUUUCAAAAAUGUUGAAAUGAGUUGAAUGUAUGUUUACUCCAAAGGUGUGUGAAGUGUAGGACCAGGGUUGGACAGUAUUUUAUGUGUCUUUUUGUGUGUGUUUCUUGUUUUUCUCUGGGACUGUGGUGUAGCGUGUAUGCUUUCCAUUGGUUGUCACGACAGGAACGCACACGUGUACAUGUGCACAGGGAAGCGACCUUGAUCCACACGCAAAUACAUAUGCAUCCCUUACACCUCAGAUGGGAGAAACAUUAGUGAUGACCUUUAACCCCACCCUUCCAUCCCUGUCCACCCAUCCUGAAAGCUGAAAGACACUGUGACUUCUCUCCCCUUCGACUUUAAUGUAGCUACUUCCAUAGAUAUGGUGAUGUAUGGGAAGCAACCAAUCAGAGGAAGGUGUAGCUAGUCAGCUUUUGCUGGGAUCUUUCUUACGGGAGUGCUUUGAGCUCGCCAACUUAACUGCCAGGAUGCAUUUUAGAAUCUGUUUUUGUAAAGUGUCUUUUAUUAAUGCUAUCAUGUUUUUAUAAACAGUGAUAAGGGACUCAAUUAUCCAUUUAAAGAGACAUACUUCUUUUAAUUUUUAACUUUUGUUUACAGCUGCAAGAGAGAGAACAUGUUCUUUCUUGUGGCUUUUUCGCAGUGACUGUUUAUAGCCAAAAUUCUCAUUUUUUUCUAGACAAAUAGCCAAAAUUAUGAGU